AUGUCGCUGGCGAGGACGAUCAAGCACUUCAGAGCGGUCGGCUUCAGGGAAUGGUUCCACCAGAUGAUGACCAUCGGAGACGCCAAGAGUGGCAAGCUAGCAGGCAUCGAUCAGUUCGGCAACAAGUACUAUGAGAACACCGAGGACGAAGUGCCGGGAAGGCAUCGAUGGGUGGACUACUCAGCCUAUGACUUCAAUGGCAGCCAAGUGCCCCCAGAGUGGCACUCAUGGCUCAACCACAUCCGUACACUACCGCCAGAUCGCGAUCCCGUCGUCAUUGCUUCACGGCAAGCAUGGCAAACGGAGCAUUUCGAGAACCUGACGGGCACUAGAGGGGCUUACAAGCCAUACAGCUCGACGGGGCCCAAGAUCAUCGCAUGGAAGCCCGAAGUCGCCAAGCGGAAGUAG